AUGGCUGCUAAUGAUCAAGAAUCCAGAGUUUCACUGAAGCUUUUGGUAGAUGACAAGAAAAAUCAAGUUAUUGCUGCUGAAUCCAACAGGGACUUUGUGGAUAUAUUAUUCAGUUUUCUCACCUUUCCAAUUGGAACAAAAAUCAGAUUAACCAACAGCCAGCCUAUGUCAAAGAUAAGUCCAAUUUCUAUAUGUAUGAACAAUUUAUACCAAAGUGUUGAAAAUCUUAUUGUAAAACAUCUUUAUUCAGAAAACUAUGAUUCUGUUUCCAACAAGUACUUCAAAUGUUCUAUGGAAGACUGCUCAUUAAAGAGCUGGGGAGGAAUAGAGUUUAUAUUCAGUGAUGAUUUAAGAGUGUUGCCUGGUUCUCCAAGUUCUCUCGUGAAACUGCUUUCUGAUCUUGGCUACAGCCACAUGAAUCAGUUAAAAUGUGGAAGUUGGCAAGGAGGAGAGGUGUUUUUGAACAAGAAAGCUAAUAUAGUUGACAACAAUAUCAUGCCUGAGCCAGGAAUUUCACCAUUGGUUCCUAAUGCAUUCCAGUACACCGGAAACUCCUGGAAAAUAAACCUCAAGCUAAUAUUAAACAAGUCUAGAAACAAGAUAUUGUAUGCUGAAGCAAAUGAUUCAUUCGUCGAUUUUCUCUUCAGUUUCCUCACUUUUCCUAUUGGAUCAGUGAUCCAUGUUCUAAAUGGGAUUUCUGGACUUGGAUGCAUAGACAACCUGUACAAAAGUGUGACGGAUUUGGAGUCAAAAUGGUUUCCUUAUUGUCAGCACAGAUUACUCAACCCCGGUGUUGCACCAAGACAUAAAUGCCAGAAUCAGUUGCUUCCGAUUUCUGUGGGACUCGACGAUCAUAGCCUUUUAGACCCCAGGUGCACAAGUGGCCUAUGUGUUACAAAUCUAAAUGUACCCUUGUAUGACAUUGAAGAGCAAGUGAUCUCCAUUGAUAAGGCAGAGGCACGGCUCUUGCUGCAGACAGCUUUUAUUGGUUCAUCAUCUGCUUUAACACUUGCCUUGAGCUCUUUCUUGAAUAAACAGAAACAAGAGAUGGACUAA